AUGUCUUCAAAUUCAAGAGAAUUAAGGAAUUCAUUAAAUGAUUUGGGAAAUGACUUGGAAUUUCAUAUUAAUCACAAUAAUGAUAAUAAUGGAGGUUGCUUCUGUAAUCGUGUUUUAAAUUUGCCAUUAGGCAUGAUGGAAUGCUGCUAUACCAUUGGGCAUAAAAAAUGUCUAAUAAAUUUUGUAUCAUAUUGUGAACGUUGUCCUUCCAUGGAUUGUCUAAAAGAGGCCAAAAAAGAAGAUGUUAAAGAUUUUUUACGAGAAAAUAAUUCGACAAAUAAUAUAUUGUCCAUGUUGAAAAAUUUAGAGAGAAUGGUGGUCAACUUUGUUAAAAAUGUUAGUUUAGCUGGAAGAAAUUUGAGUUUUAAAUAAAUGGAAAAAAGAAUAUUUGAAUUUAUUUGUGG